GCCGAUCAUUUUAAAUGAACUCUAUAAAUAGCCUCCAUAGGUGUUCAAUCUCCUCAUAGAAAAGCCUUUUAGACUCUAACAAUCCUCAUCAACAUACACCCUUCGCACGCCUUCUAAAGUCUCUCAACAACGACUUCAAACUCUUUCAAUCCUUCGUGAAAAUGGACGUGGUGAAUGUGAUGAUUCAAGGAAAGCCUGUCGUGAUUUUCAGGAAGAGUUCUUGCUGCAUGAGCCACUCCGUCGAGUCACUUAUACGUGGAUUUGGAGCAAAUCUAACUAUUUAUGAGCUCGACAGAAUAACAAAUGGACAACAAAUUGAAAGGGCACUAGUGCAACUGGGGUUUCGACAGAGCUUACCCGCUGUGUUCAUAGGCCAGCAGCUGGUUGGCAAUGAAAGGCAGGUGAUGAGCCUCCACGUCCAGAACCAGCUGGUACCAUUGCUUAUACAAGCAGGUGCUAUAUGGAUGUGGAAUAAGUAGUUUCUCACUGACAUAUAUAGGGCAUGGAUCAAUAUCAUGCUGCUGAACAUUUUGAUAAGCUACUACUUUUGUUUUUUGUUUUCAGUUUUCCCGAAGUAAGCGAAAAGUGAUAAGAGGCACGGCUAAGGACCUCUUUCUGUUUUGAAAUUUUCAUUACAACUUCCACGCAUAUAUUCUGUGUCUAAUAAGGAUGCACUACUUUUGUUACUUUCCUCGGGCUCAAAGUAAAGCAUUUGGGUGCACAUACGGGUGUGUGAGAUAAAGAGCAUGAAUAUUUUGUCUGAGGAUAACAAGGGUGGGGAAUUAGACUUGUGAAGGUGAACAUUUCCCAACCUUUUUUUUCAAUAAAUGAGAAAUUUCAUUAGUAAA